AUGAAGCUCUCAAUUGUCUCUGCGCUUGCUCUAGCGUCUGCCGCCUCCGCGCGCACAUUCACCGUGUACAACGGGUGCCCGUUCACCAUUUGGCCCGCUAUGUUCACGGACCUGAACGUCGCUCCCAACCGACCCAACUUCGCCACUGGAUGGGAGGCCCCUGCCUUCACGUCCGUGUCUUUCACUGUCCCAAACGACUGGAAGGCUGGUAGAAUCUGGGGCCGCCGCAAUUGUAACUUUGCCAGCAACCCCGGUCCCAACUCCUGCUUGGACGGUGGCUGCAACGGUGGCCUUCAAUGCGAUCUCCGCACUGGCACCGGCGUCCCUCCCGCCUCCGUCGCUGAGUGGACCUUGCAAGCUGGCGGCAACCAAGACUUCUAUGAUGUUUCCCUCGUUGAUGGGUACAAUCUUCCAAUGAGAAUCACCAACAACAAAGGCUGCCCCGUGGCCGAAUGUCCUGUUGAUCUCGGUCCUAAUUGCCCGGCCCCCCUCAAAGGCCCAUUCGAUAACGUCGGAUUCCCGGUCGGCUGCAAGAGUGCAUGCGUCGCCAACCUAGAUGGAAACCCCACCAACUCUGCUAACUGUUGCUCUGGGAGUCACAAUACCCCAGCUACCUGCCCACCCUCAGGCGUCGCAUUCUACAGUUACUUCAAGCAAAAUUGCCCCCGAUCCUAUGCUUACGCUUACGAUGAGAGCAGCGGAACCGCAUUGUGGACCUGCCCUUCCAGCCUCAAUGCCGACUACACCCUCACGUUCUGCCCUCCCCCGUAA